AUGAGUCGAUCAAGUAAUCCAGAUCCAGCGCCAAGUGCUCAUAUAAUCGCUCUAAAGAUCAGUUGUGACUAUUUGGACCCCACCCAGAUCCAGGAAAAAAUGGAUGUAGACACAGUCAUGCAGUGUAAGGUGAAAAUCGAUAGCUUGAGAAUCGGACGGGGUGGUAUUCAGAACAAGUACAGAAAAAUCAGGACAAAUAAUUACACCUGUUUUACAGUUCCCGUAUCCGACUCCUCUGAUGAAGGCGGUGACUCAGAACUAGAUGAGUCCUUGCUCAAAUUAGCACUCACUGAUUUCACAAGCAUCGGUUCUUCGUUAGGCUCUUCCGCCAAUGUGGGUUCUGAGAUGAAACUCGGCAAAGGAAGGGACUCCGGUAGAGACUCAGUUUGCCUUGGAAGUGUCGAUACUCUGGGAGGGGGCACUGGAGGAAUCUUGGUACAACCUCUGCAAGUUGGAGAAUUGGGCUGUGAAAAAGAACACGACUCGGGGAUGGGCAGGAACAAUCCAUGCGCAGGCAUAGACCUCCUCUUGUUGAGCACUGACUCCCUCCCUGGGUCCCAUAUCCUCUAUAGUCCCAUACACUUCACUUCUUCUGGGAGGAAUGGAUGUACCACUGUAGAUACCCAGCAUCUCUAUGGGUCUUCUGGUACUGCUACGGUACCAUUCCUCUGGUGGGUCAAACUCCUUCCAAUCCACGUCGAAUUGGUACCAGUAUGCUGGACUCAUGUUCUUGAACUUGUUCUUCCUUGGAAGAUUGGGAUUCCUGAAAGAAGAAUAAGUUGGUCAGGCCAGUGGUUAAAUCUUAGCCUGAAGCUCACACCUGAUGGAAAACGUUUGAAUAAAUUACUAAGUACUGUUAAGACCAGCAAGACAAACGUGAUCAAUGUAGCUACUUUGGAACCACUGCAAAGAAAACGAUUAUCGCAUACUAGUGAUGAUAGAUUCAAAGGACCCUUCGUUUCCGUUCUGGAUAAGUUCCGGAAAUCGGAAUUCACCACUUCAAAGAGAAUCCGAACUUUCGCAUUCGAUUUUUUAAGCUUUCGUAGGGUGUCAACCCGUCCUUAAAUUCCGCUCAUGAUGGGAAAUCGAUUGUCAAUGUCGAGGCUACCCUUUGGCCAUCGGAAUCGCAGGGUAAAGAAAUAUGGCUCGGAGGAGGCCUAGGGAGCAAUCUGUUAAGCAUACCAUGGAUGAGGGAUACUGGACCAAGAGCAUGUAUACUGUCCAUUUCAGUGACACCAUAGAUCAGCUCAAACCUGAAACGGA